CGAACACUAACGGAACCAUACCUUUCCCAAUGUAACCAAGAGACUCAGCAUGCCCAAACCGAAGGAUGCGAGGGUUUGGAACGAGGAUCUUAUCAAGGCCCUCGAGGCCCGAUACCAACUGGCUCUGCGAGAGGGGAAACGAAAUGCUCUCUCCUGGAGGGUUGGGCGCGAUAAGAUACAGGCCGUCCGCAAGGACAUUUACCAGUUCCGGACCGGGACCAUCGCGAACAUGCCGAGRGGUCUAACAAAGACAGUAGAACGGCUGUGCGAAGAUAUCAUUCGUGGGAUAAAGAACGUCUUUCCUGAUGGCCACGUUCCUACGAAUGGCGGCUGCAACUAUACUAAUAGUUCUGCUAUACAGAAAGAUCUUCGUCCGGACAGUAAAGAUGAUGUUUUCAUUUCACCUGUUUCYCCGAGAAYCUCACGUAGCAGUAGCAGGGCCAAUACCAAUAAUCAUUGCGACGAUAGCAAUCCAUUUCACAACUACAACUACAUGAAGAAAAUSAAGAUUCGGGGAGGUGCGUUUGCUAUAUUGAUGGCCUUUCAUUACUCCCGAACCGAAGUACUACGAAAGAAUCAAAUCUGCCAMGAGGCUCAGCGAUUUUGCGACGAUGAAAUGGAGGCCAAUUUCCAUGCCGGUCGGCCCUACGGGGCGUGGGCGUCGAUGAAAACCCUGAAGCAGCACCAAUUUGUUACGGAACAAGGAUAUACAACCUUUACGCCAAAUGGAUUYAGGGAUCGACCACAUACCUAUAGCCUGACCAAAAACGGCGAGCUCUUUAUCGAGGCAUUGUUUGCGAACAGACCUGAGGCAAUGGAWGCCGCCAUUCAAGYAAUAGGGGCAUUGGGGGUACCAAAAGCAAGAGUGACUGCKGGGCAUACGAGAGCGGUUAACGGCAGCAGAGGAAUACAAUUUAGGGAAGUUAGCCACAGUGGGAAGGAUUCYAUCAGUGCAGAGCUACCAUUUGCUACUGGUAAGAACUGCACAAAUAAGAAUGCGGAUCGGGUUCAACUGGAAGAUUGGAUUGUAACAGCAAACGUGGGGGAUACAAAAGAAUUUCCUGUUGGGAAGGACCGUCGCAMACACUUGCACGACCUUUGUGAUUCUUUGCAAAUGCGACAACCAGGUCUUCUUCUCACUCAUGGCUCCUCGGGGUCAUCAAGAGGCCGGACGUUGUGCAUCCAGCUCGUUUCGAAACCGUCGCGUGCUCUGCAGUCAGUGGCGUCGUCGAUAAUGCCACCAURUGCAGGAAAGUCCUCGUCCAUGUCUCUGGAUCCAACCAUUUCAUCGUCAGCUUUUUCAUGGCCUGGGCGGCCUGUAUCAUUUGGUGAAUCGCCAGCCCAUCUUUCUUCACCUAUUCGAAGUSCAAGAGAAAAUGCUGCGCUUGCUGCCAUGAAGCGUGAGGCGGAAGCAAGGGAGAACAUUGAAUUGAAAAAAGCUAUUGCCGAGUCGAUGAAAACGGUGAAUACGACACAUAACACCAAGCGAACGCAAAAKGUUCUUUUCGAUGGUAAAAAUUGCAGGGCUUCGUUUCACAAUAGCAACCAGACCAUCAAGGCGGAAGAUAACGUUUCACAAAACACAAGAGAACCAUCCCGACAAGAAUCACGAAAACGAAGUACAGUGAAUAUGGCGAUAUUUUCAGUUGAAAGCAGUGAUGACGAACACACACUGCUGCUUCCCCAAAAGAAACGAAAGAAGAUUCUUCUCCAAGAAAAGAGGGAACUACCGGAGAAAGAAAUAUGUUUUAUUGAUACCGAUAGUGAUGGCUCGAUGAUCGAACCGCCGGCUGUGCGGAAGAAUAACCAGUCGUGGAAACUAGCAACGAAACCUCGAGCGGUGAUGUCCAAAAAACUAUCAGCACCACCUUCGGGGCAGAGCAUCGAUCUGUGCGAAAGCAGCGAUGACGAUUUGCAUGCMACGGAGGUUUGUAAAACAAAAGAGACUUGUGUCGAACCGAUASAACUUYCAAGGACAGAUAAAAAAGGGCCAAUAUACCUUUCGAAUGGCCGACUCAUGGACGAGGAAGACAGAGAGGUAGAAAUUGUCGAUGAUUCAGAAYCAUUGCCAAUGGGUGUUCUUACAAGGACAAAGAAUGAUGACCAAUUGACGGUGGUGAUCGAUAAUAGAGAACGCAAUCGGAACGCAACCCCCCGCACUUUGCGGAUGGAAUUGACUCGGCAUCUUUCGUCUGGAUCGCUGAGCGCUGUAUGGCCAYCGUCUUUGCCUACUGCACAAGUGGAAGAAGCAAGGCUGGAUUGGGGUGAUUUCCAAUACAAAAUUCAGAGUGGCAACUCCCAGCCAAGAAGAUUGGGUGUCUCCGUCGAGAGAAAACGAGUGAAUGAUCUAGUACAACGAUCGUCGGACGGAGAUCACCUCGMUCAAUUGUUUCGGAUGCGACAACACUGUUCCUUAUCCAUACUACUAAUUGAGAACGAUACACGCAUGACYUCGAGUAUCACACCUUACAAUAAUCAGAAUUCUGAUAGGUUUGACCCCCUAGAUUCAAUCAUUACAUGCGAAGACGAUGUCUUCCGGAUGUUCGGAAGAAUUAUGUUGUCUGGCAAUGGCAUAAAGUUUAUUCAAUCGAAAGACGAGCAAGCAUCAUUGAGAGCGGUCGGAGCUCUGGGACUCAUGGCUCUAUUUGCCUCCGAAAAUUAUAGGAAGGAAAUUGAUCAUCAGUUGAACGGAAARUACAGAAAAAGUAGCUUUAUGUGCCAUGGUUUCAAGGCACUAMGCGACAAGCUAAUUCAGGCCGGAAUUCCGUGGCGCAUAGCGAAAAGAAUUGCAAGUGUAGUCGGUAGCGAUCAAGAACUCAAAUCGCUUUAUGGUUCUUGUUGYAGCGAAAAAGCGAAGUCGGAUUUGCUGUCCCAUCUCAUAGUCAAUGGAACCGACGAAGAUCAAGGCGAUUUGAAGAGYUCUGCGACGGGAUGGAGCAAUGCCAUCUAUCGAAUUGUAACGUCUCCAGUUCUACCGAGAARRAGAAAGCUCAGUGGACAAGCAGCCCUCCUAUUGCACAAAGAACUAGUACAGGAUCACGGUAUCUAUCUCAGCACUCUUUAUCAAGAUCACUCCCACGAAGAAACUUUGGAACUGCUCUUGGACAACCCUGUUGCUUSUCCCAAAUCAAACUGUACUUCUCGUCGACAUGUGAUCAUAAACCUUUCGGGCGAGMAGGCAAGGAAAUAUUUCAAUCCCAGACUUCAUGAAAGGGCAUUCUACAAGCUAUCUAUCGAGCCGGAUUGCAAAGCCCGUGAUUAUUCUGUCCCAAUCAUUAUGCGUGCCGUAAAUGAAGAUUAUUCGUUAUCAUCCAAGGCAUUGUUGGUUUUUGAACUAGAAGGCUCCGAUAUGAUAGACCUUGUGCGUGAUAAUUGGAGUACAAAGAAGAGAAAUGACUUUGUGGGAUUAGYCAAAAGAAUUGCACAUCUUGUAGACAAUAUUUGCUACGGAUCUGGCCGUUUCGUGACAACUGGAGCUAGUGGUGACAAGAGAAUUUURUUAUUGUGUGGCUUACAAUCAGCGCUAGAUGCGAAUGCUAAAAGAUCUGGAUAUGCUACCGAAACAAGAAUCUUAAYAGAUUUAUUGGUCGCAGAGCUCUUGCUUUGCUACAACAUUACCAUCAUACAGGCCACAUGUAAGAAAAUGGAAGACAGAAAAAACAUAAUUCAUCAACUUGCCCUUGCUUGUUUCCACUUCGGAUUUCUCAUCCAAGAAAACAAUGGAAUCAAUGUUGAAGGACAAUCUGACAGUCACCACUUUGGACCCAAUUAGUGUCACUCUGCAUUCUGAAUUUAUCAUGCAAUGACAUUUURCAACUAAGACCACGAUUGAUAAUUUUAAUGCA